AUGUUUUGGCAACAAAUUGUGCCUAUUGUCCAAGAAAUACCUCAACUUCACUCAAUCUAUGUGUUUUGUGCUCAAGAAUCAAAAUAUAAACAGUCAAUAAAUAAGGGAAGAAAAGUGAAAGGAGUGUUUAGUCAGAUUGGAUCUAUUUAUGAUGAAAUUAAGAAAACCAUCCAGCAGGCUGAAAAAGGUUUUAUACCAAUUAGUAUUCUUAUAUCAUCGUCUGCCAGUGAUAUGAAUGAGCUCAAUCAGUCAUUCAUGUAUUCACAGUUACUUAAAGAGAUUCUUCUCGAUAUGAAAUAUGAUGAUAAAGCAAAGCAAAAGUUUAUUGAUUUUUGUCGUGUACAAAAUUCUGAUAGCAAGCAGCAACGGCUUCAUAUUGAUGAAUUUGAACGAGAGUACCAUCUUCAUUCGCCUAUUUGGUGGUAUACAAAAGAGCCAUUUAUAUAUUCAGUGCUCAAUAGAGCUCUCAGGGUACAAGAUACUGAGGUUAUCAUGAAAAUGGGAUGUUUCGUUCGAGAUCUCCAUCGACACAUCGAACAACUAUACUUCGAAUCAAAUGAUCGUCAUCCAUUGACCGUCUAUCGGGGACAAGGAAUGUCGAAUUUUGAAUUUGACGAGUUGAGUAAAAGUAAAGGUUGUCUUCUUUCCUUCAAUAAUUUCUUGUCGACUAGUGUUGAUGAAGAAGUCGCAAAAAUCUUUGCGGAGAGUGCUCGAAAUGAUCCAACUUUAACAGGAGUUCUCUUUAGAAUGCAAAUUGAUCCAACACUUUCAUCAACUCCAUUCGCCUCGAUAGACAAUAUAAGUUACUUUUCAGGUUUGGAAAAAGAAAUUCUCUUUUCAAUGCACACCGUAUUUCGAAUCAAUGAGAUUGUACAAAUUGAUGAUCGAUUAUGGCAAGUGGAUCUAUCCCUAACAAGUGACACUGAUGAGCAGUUAACCCGUCUUACGGAGUGUAUGCGCAUAGAGACACAAGGAUCAACAGGAUUGCAUCGGCUGGGUCAGUUGAUGAUUAAAAUGGGUGCAUUAAACAAAGCCGAAGAAAUCUACAAGACGCUUGAAGAGACGAUAUUUGAUCAUGAUUGGAAAGAACUUGCCCAUGUCCAUCAUAUGCUAGGAUACAUAAGUUCCAUGAAGGGCGAUCUUGUCAAAGCAUUCUCUCACAACAAUAAAUCUCUCAAUAUCAGAUUAGCUAAUCUGCCAUCCAAUGAUCCUGAACUUUCUGGAACCUAUUACAAUAUUGGCUCGAUUCUCUGCCGUCAAAAUGAUCUUCGUAGUGCAUUAGAAUACUAUGAACGUGCUCUUAACAUUGAUCUUGGUGCCCCACGACCCAAUCAACUGCAGAUUGCAGCUGCUUAUAACAACAUUGGUGAGGUAUACCGACUGAUGGAAAAUGACUUACUGGCACUCUCAUACUAUCAAAAGGCACUUGAAAUAAAACAAACAUCUCUUCCAUUCACUCAUCCCUCGUUGGCUGAUACUUGUAACAACAUUGGUCGAAUUUUCUAUUCUAUGGGUGAUUAUUCAAAUUCACUGUCAUACUAUGAGAAGGCAGUUGCAAUUCAAGAAAAAUAUCUUCCACUCGAUCAUCCUUCACUGAUAGCAACUUACAAUAAUAUUGGUGCAACACAUCGAGCGAUGGGAAAUAAUUCUACUGCAUCAUCAUAUUAUAUGAGAGCAUUUGAAAUUCAACAAAAAUCUCUUCCACCCAAUCAUCCAUCGCUAGCUACAAUCCACAACAACAUUGGCGACAUACAUCAACAAAUGGGUGAUUAUUCUGCUGCACUCUCUUGUUAUGUUAAAACGCUUGAAAUUCAAGAAAAAUUACAUCCACCCAAUCAUCCAUCGCUGACCACUACGUACAACAACAUUGGAAGUGUGCAUCAGGCGAUGGGAAACAACAUGACGGCACUAUCUUACUUCACAAAGGCUAUUGAAAUUCAAGAAGAAUCUCUGUCAGCCAAUCAUCUCCAGUUGAUUGAGACUUAUAAUAACAUUGGUGGAGUUUAUUACACAGUGAAUAAUCACACUACUGCACUCUUGAUCUUUCAAAAAUCACUUGAAAUCGUGGAAAAAUCUCUUCCACUUGAUCAUCCCUCACGGGCUAUUGCUUACAACAAUAUUGGCGGAGUACAUCAAGCGAUGGAAGAUUAUUCGAAAGCACUCUUAUUCUAUAAAAAAGCGCUCGAAAUCCAACAAAAAUCUCUCCCAUCUAAUCAUACAUCGUUGGCUACCACAUACAAUAACAUUGGUGGAAUAUACUUUACAACAGAAGAUUACUCGAAUGCAUUGCUAUAUUAUGAGAAGACACUUGAUAUUAGACAAAAAUCUCUUCCUUUCAAUCACUCAGAUCUGGCUAUCACUUACAAUAACAUUGGUGAGGUACAUCGAUCAAUGGGAGCUUACUCGACUGCACUCAUAUUCUCCGAGAAAGUUCUUGAAAUUCGACAAAAUUCACUUCCAAUGAAUUAUUCUGCACUGGCGUUAACCUACAAUAAACAUGGUGAGACUCAUAAUUCGAUGAGAAAUCACUUUAAGGCUCUGGAAUCUUUUCAAAAGGCCAUCGAAAUACAACAAAAAGUACUACUUCCAGAUAGUCUUGACUUCAUCAUAACUAAUAACAAUCUAGGUGGAGUUCAUUAUUCCAUAGAAAAUUAUUCGGUUGCACUCUCACACUUUGAGAAGGCGCUUGAAAUCGCGACAAAAGUAUUUCAAUCCGAUCAUGUUUCGCUAUCCUUCAUCUAUAACAAUAUCGGAAAGGUGUACCGAUCAAUAGGAAACAAUACAACUGCGCUCUCGUAUUAUGAGAAGGCACUAGAAAUACAAGAAAAAACUCUUCCAGUACAUAAUUCUUCGCGAGCUAUCACACAUAGUAAUGUAGCCUGUGUCUUCGAAAAUCUUCAUCGAUACAAAGAGGCCAUUGAACAUGCAUUGCAAGCAGUAGAAAUCGUACAUUGCGCGUUUGGGCCUGACCAUUCUCAAGUGAAAGCGAAUCAAGAUUACCUCGAUAAACUUUGUAGAAAACUAUAA